AUGAAGAAGCUGGUCACAACAGUUCCAACUCUUAUCGAAGACAUCAAAUCUAUUAAAGUUGAAUUAAUCCAUCUGAAGGAGUCUUGUGAGUACAAUAGUAGUUCACUUAAAUAUUUUCAAGAUCAAUUCUCCACUUUGGAACGUGGUGUAUCUCAGAUUGAAAAGAUUCAAAAUUCUCUCACUGUGGCCAACAAGGAAAUAGCUAAUCUUAAAAGUGUUAUUGAGACCAAAGAACAAUGGUCACGGCUGAGUAAUGUUGAGAUAAAGGGCAUCCCCCUAAAACUCAAUGAAAACCUAUUUGUAAUUGCGGAGUCUUUGGGUAAAGCAGUUGGGUAUGAAUUCCAAAAAUUUCAAAUCAAUUACAUAUCCCGAGUACCAAUGUUUAAUACCAAAGAGAAGGCCAUCAUUAUCAAUUUCAUAAAUCGUUAUGUCAAAGAAGAAUUUGUGGCAGCUGCACGCGCCUGCAAAACUCUAGAGGCGAAGGAUGUGGGAUUUGGAGGCAAUCGUCAACGCGUUUUCGUAAAUGAUCAUUUGACUCCAGAGCACAAAAAACUUCUUACCAAAACAAGGACCUUAGCAAAAGACCGAGUUAAAGAAGAAAAAGCAUUUGAUGGUCAAGACGCCGCUAUCGACGGUUUAUCGGAGCGAUUCAUUAUUAACACAGGCUCUGAUGAGUCAUCAGACGAGAGUGAAGAUGAAGAUGCAAUGAGCGGAAAAGAAGAGUUAUAA